UUAUCAUAAGUUCAAGUUUCUAUUAUACAGGUUGAUUGCUCUGAUAUUCAGUUGGUGAGGAAAGACCUGGACAUAGCGGAUACUAAUGACGACAAAGAAAUUGUAAUCACAAAGGAUGAGGACUUAAAACCAAACCUUGAUGUUCUACCAGCAACAAGUGCAGCAGCAGAAGAAGCAUCACUUCAGAAAGAAGGUGACAGAAUUGGGGAAGUCUCUGAAUCAGUUCCUCAGGAGCCAGUCCAUGAAACCACCAGAAGAAAUGAAGAAAUUGCAACUGCAAUUACUGAUAAUUCAGAGAACGUCAUGGAAGAUAAGAUGCAUACGCACACACCUCUUCAAUUGGCAUGUAACAAACAUGAUGUUUCAGAAGGCUUGAACCUGAAAGAUCCAGAGGUUGACACCAAUGAAAAUGGCACUUCACCUCUAUCUGAAAUGUCAUGGGAAGAAAUACCAGAUAAAGAGGGUGUGAUCAGCGAGGAAGAGAGACAACAUGAUCUGACAUCUGGCAAGCAAACAAUAGCUGAAUCAAUGCCAACAGAAGAAAAGGGUGCUAAGGAUGAAGUAAAGCAUGCUAAGGAUGAGGAAGAGCACACAAAGGAUGAGGAACCAAGAGAGUUUUCAGCUAGGGGCAGUGAGGGAAAGCUUGAAGAAGCUGAGAUGCACAGCACAAAAUGUAAUAAAGAUGGGGAAAUACAAGAUCAAAUUGAAAAGCUUAAUGCUUCAUCUCAAGUACAGUAUUCAUGCAUGGAGAUAUCAGAAAAAGAAGUCAGCAUGGAUCUUGCAGAAGCCAAUGAAUCCACUCAAGACAUUAAGCAGCUAGAGAAAGGCUCUGAUGAAACAUCUGAAAAGCAUAUUCCAAGAGAAGCAGAACCAAAUGAGAGCACAGAAGUAAUGAUUUCAAGUAGCAAAGAGGAUGUUCAGCUAGUGCCACAGGACCUACUUAGAAAAACCUUCCAGCAACCUGAGGUAGAAUCACUGGAAGCUGUAAAUGUUUCUGGGAUUGAAUCAGGAUUGAGAGAAAAAGACUCUAGAGGAGAGAAAACAAUGGGUGAUAUAAGCAAAGAACCAGCUGCCGACUCCACACCAAUGGGUCCUGCUGUGUCAUUAUCCGACCUCCUCCAGAGAUCUGUAAAAGAAACCUUGCAAGCACCUGGAUGCUUGACUGAAGAAAAAGAACCAAUGGCCAACCAAGAAGAUGUGCUAGCUAAAGAAGAACAAGCCAUUAAGGUUCAAGAAGCAGGAACACAUGAAGAUAGAGAUGAGGAAGAGGAGGGAGAUGAACAUAAAAAAGACGAUUCAGGCUCUGAUGCUCCCAUCAUUGUAGAAGCCUCCAGAGAUAUGAAUGUUAAGGAUGGGCAUAAGAAAUCUCACAAUAUCCUGUCAGGAGUUGGGUCAAAGGUUAAGCAUUCAAUUGCCAAGGUGAAGAAAGCCAUCACUGGCAAGUCUUCUCACCAAAAGCAUUCGUCACCAAAAGGAACAGCCACCAAAGUAAAAGAACAAAAAUAGGUUAUUUUCAGCAGUUAAAACCAGUUGGAAGUUUGUUUAAUCUGAAACAUUUAUGCAGAAGGGCUUGUGUGUAGUUUAUUUUUCUUUGUAUAUUAUCAGGUUGUGAGUGUGGUGUGCAUUUCUGAAGUGAAAGUUCAGAAUCACUAUUUGUGUAAAGUCAGUUAAAAAAUUAAGUUGUUGUAACAUAUUACAA